UCACAUGCAAACUCAUAUCAGGAAGUAAACACCUCCAGUUUCAUAAUGAUAUUCAUUGUUUCUAGAAGUUUCUUACGGUCCCUGUUGACUGUCAUCUUUGUAACGCUGUGUUUAAAAUCCAACUCUGAAGUUACAGCAGCAGUUAGUCCAGUCUAUGACUGUCGACUUCAUAGUGGAACCUACGUCUGCACUGGUGCUCAAUAUCGCAUGUACUGCAACACAGGAAUGCAUAAUUUCGAUUACCGGAGAUCUCAAUACCAAGAUGAAUACCGAUGCUUGAGUAAUAACUGUAACUGCAUUGGUAACAAGGACACCUGUACAUGCUCUAGUAGUACUUUCUCAUCCUGCUACUGUGAGACUUACGGCAACAGCAUCGCUCUCACUACAGCAGUUAGUCCAGUCUAUGACUGUGGUCUUUAUAAUGACACCUACAUCUGCACUGGUGCUCAAUAUCGCAUGUACUGCAACACAACAGUGAGUAAUUUUGAAUACUGGAAGUAUAUAAACCAAAACCAGUAUGUAUACAGAUGCUACCAAUACCAAUACUCAUACGGGAAUUAUAAAUGUUACUGCAAUGGUGAUAAGAGCACCUGUACAAGCUACUUGGCUACUUUGUGCUCCUGCGUCUGUGAGAAUUACGGUAACAGCAACGCUCUCACUACAGCAGAUAGUCCAGUCUAUGACUGUGGUCUUUACAAUGACACCUACAUCUGCACUGGCACUCAGUACCGCAUGUACUGCAACACAAGUCGACAUGAUUUCUACUUCCGGAGAUAUCAGUACCAAAACCAGUACCAAUGUGUUAAUAAUAACUGUAACUGCAUUGGUAAUAAGGACACCUGUACAUGCUCUAGUAGUACUUUGUCCACCUGCUUCUGUCAGACUUACGGCAAUAACAUCACAGCCACUGAUGCAGUUAUUCCAGUAUUUGAUUGUCAGCUUUAUGAUGGAACUUACAUCUGUACAGGUGCUCAGUAUCGCAUGUUCUGCAACACAAGAGUGCAUGAUUUCUACUACCGUGGAUAUCAAUACCAAGACCAAUACAAGUUCCAAUGCUUGAGUAAUACGAAUAAUAACUGCAACUGCCUUGGUAAUAAGGACACCUGUACAUGCUAUAGUAGUUCUCUGUCAUCGUGCUAUUGUGAGACCUAUGGCAAUAGCAUCGCUCUCACUACAGCAGUUAGUCCAGUCUAUGACUGUGGUCUUUACAAUGACACCUACAUCUGCACAGGUGCUCAGUACAGCAUGUACUGCAACACAAGUCUACAUUAUUUCUCUUACAGUAAAUAUUAUUACCAGUGCAGGAAUAAUAACUGCUUCUGCACUGGUAAUGAGAACACCUGUACAUGCUCUAGGAUUACUCUGUCCUCCUGCUUCUGUGAGUCCAACAACAAUAGCACCACUCUCACUACAGCAGUUAGUCCAACUUAUGGCUGUGGUCUUUUGAAUGACACAUACAUCUGCACUGGUGCUCAGUACCGUUUGUACUGCAACACAGGAAUGCACGGUUUCAGCUACAGGAGAUAUCCGUACCAAAACCAAUUCCAAUUCCAAUUCCAAUGCUUGAAUAAUGAAUGUAACUGCAUUGGUGAUAAGGACACCUGUACAUGCUCUGGGAGUAGAUUUUCAUCCUGCUUCUGUACAAGUUACAAAAAUAACAUCACUCUCACUACAGCAGUUAGUCCAGUCUCAGUGCCUGACUGUGGACUUAAUAAGGACACAUAUAACUGUACUGGUGCUCAGUACAGCAUGUACUGCAACACAAGUCUACAUGAGUUCUACUUCCGGAGAUAUCAGUACCAAAAUCAGUACCAAUGUGUUAAUAAUAACUGUAACUGCCUUGGUAAUAAGGACACCUGUACAUGCUCUAGUAUUACUCUGUCAUCGUGCUUCUGUGAGUCCUAUGGCAAUAGCAUCACUCUCACUACAGCAGUUAGUCCAACGUAUGGCUGUGGUCUUUUUAAUGACACGUACAUCUGCACUGGUGCUCAGUACCGUUUGUACUGCAACAUAAGAAUACAUGGUUUCAACUACUGGAGAUAUCCCAGUUAG